AAUUGCAUGUAAGAACCAACUGCUCUAGAAGAAACUACGUGAUCGCGGGGCACUCAUCGUGAGUAAUGUCAAAUUGAUUGUCAAUUAAAACCUCCGAAAUGCAUAAAUUAAAGUCGUCGCAGAGAGAGAAAGUUCGGCAGUUCAUUGCGUUCACAAACACGGGAGAGAAGACUGCCAUUUACUGUUUACAACAACACGACUGGAGGCUUGAUAUAGCUUCAGAUAAUUAUUUCCAGAAGCCAGAUGUAUACUAUAGAGAAUCCAAAGCAGCAGUUGACAAAAAGACUCUUGAACAACUGUACAAAAGAUAUAAAGAUCCACAAGAGGAUGAUAAGAUCCUAGCGGAGGGGGUAGCUAAGUUCUGCGAGGACCUGAACCUCGAUCCUGCCAGCAGACCUGUCCUCAUCAUCGCAUGGAAGUUCAAAGCAGCCACCCAGUGUGAAUUCACGCGUAAAGAAUUCACUGAUGGCAUGACAGAGUUAGGGUGUGACUCAAUACAGACGCUGAGACUAAAAAUACCUACGUUGGAUAAUGAACUCAGGGAUACGUCUAAGUUCAAAGAUUUCUACCAGUUCACAUUUAACUUUGCUAAGAAUCCUGGCCAGAAGAGUUUAGAUCUUGAAAUGGCAAUUGCAUAUUGGAAUAUAGUACUUCAAGGAAGAUUCAAGUUCUUAGAUGAAUGGACGCAAUUUCUCAGAGAGCAUCACAAAAAGUCAAUACCAAGGGAUACGUGGAACCUCCUGCUUGAUUUCAGUAACAUGAUUGCUGAUGACAUGAGCAACUACGAUGAAGAAGGUGCUUGGCCAGUUCUAAUAGAUGCAUUUGUAGAGCAUGUUAAGCCGUCAAUACCCUGUAAAAGUACGGUAGUGUGACAGCAUGAAACAUCUCUCCUCCUUCCUGCCGCCAGCCAGCCAAUCAGUUCCUCAACAGUUACUUUCACGCUUGAAUACCACGCCGAAGGAUGAACGAUGACGCCUUGCACGGGACGAGAGACGUAGAAAACACCUGGAAAGAUUUGUGUGAAGUCGUCCGCGGAAAGGCAUCGUGAACACUGUGCGUGAGGUUGCUGCAUAGCCUCUAUGGUUUUCUACAGAAUAUGUGUAUUAUAGAGAGCAAGUAUGCCAUGCUUUAUACAGUGUUUGAACUUUUCUCGUGUGAAAGCAAGCUGCAUGAUGUUGAGACUAGAGAGAGGAGUAAAUCAUGUUUAUAUUCAGUAUUGGGAGAGUUGUUGGUGUGCCACUAUUUAACUGUUAAAGGACUAACUUUAAGGAUGUGUCUGUUCUUGCUACACAAAACAUCCUUUUCAUGUUGAGCAUGCACCAAGGUCGCGGUCAUUGUUUUUCAAUAUUUUGUUCCUUCAUUGCGGCCCGUGGUUUUAAAGGAAAGGAAGAUUUUUAUUUAUCUGAUUUUUGCAUCCAAAUGUAUCUGUACUAUUCUUUGUAAGUUCAGCCAUCUUUCCAGUGCGGAUGAGCAUUUGCAUUGAUGAUUUAAUGGCCGGAGCUGAAUAUUUUUGAUGAACUCAGGCCCUGUCUUUAAUACAAAGAGAUGCGACCGAUCCGGAUUGAUCACAAGUCCUCCAAUCAAUCUCAAAUGUACAAACUUCAAUCUCUUGAGUACAGAGUUGUAAUUGUUAUCAAGUUGCAAUCAAUUUGAAUUAAUCACUCCUCUUUGUUAGACAAUGCUGGUGUAUUGUUUGGAUCAGAAUUUCAGUUAUUGUUCAGUUUAAUAUCAGCAAUUCUGGAAACACCAUCUGUUUCCAAAUGAAUAUACCCGUAUGCCAGAAGCAGCCAGACGAUGCAGGUCCACCAAGUCGGCGGCAUAGCAAAGUAAAUUGUGUUUUGGUUCAUAUACUCUGUAGGGUUUCUCUUAUCUUUACAUGAGUUAUCUCUUUCUUCUUUCAUCCUCUGUACUCUUCUCUCUUUUCUCGAACAUCCCCUGUUUCUCCCUUUUGCUUGUUUCUGCCCUCUUCUGUUCUCUCAUUUUCCCUACUCUUUUAUCUUCAACUGUCCUCUCCUCUUUUCUGCCCAUAUCUCAUCUUCUUUCAAAUUCUCUCUUUUAAGAUUUGUUUCAUAAUCAUAUUUCUGUUCUUCCAUGGUGUAAUUUAAUUGAUAUUAUUAAUAUGUUCAGGGUAUCAGAGAACGUUUGUAUAUGGAGGAGGGGGUCAAUUUGGUCUAAAACAUGAAACUUUCAAGAUUUUCACAAAGAAAAGUCCUUGUGGAUUGCAAAAAAUAGAGUGUUGUGGCAAUUAUGGAAUCGAUUCUUUUGCUGCAUGAAACUUUUGCAAUAGACCCUACCGCCAAUAUGGUGAUAGACAGUAGAGGGCUACCUUUCUUCGACACUACGCAGGUGAGAACAUGCACAGAUACGAUACUGGUGGAUACGAUUAUACAAGGUUUCUUCUGAUUUCAAUUAGAACAGUGUCAUCAAAUUCCUGAUUUUACUAAAGUAUUGUUCAGGUUUCAUGAACUACCCUGAUGAUUUUAUAAAAACUAUGUAGGUAACAUCAUAAUCUGUCGCUUAUAUUUCAUUGGCUCCUAAACUAUCAUUUCUAUCGCACUUUCCAGUUUUCGACCCAAUGUAUUUGUAUGGGACCUGGCAGUGCCUUUUCUCCAUAUACCUAUGGUCAAUGCUGCCCUCUGUGGCCGAAUACCUUAGCGGUGAUAGUGAGAAUUCUUAACCACUUUUGAAGUUCUUGCACAUGAAAGUUUCAGGUCUUCAUCACUUGAUCUACUCUUCAACUUCAGUUUUCAUUUUUCUACAUAUACAGUCGACAGCGUCAGUCCAACUGUGUAAGAACAAAGUCCUUAUAAAACAAUAAAACAAGACCAGCAAAGUCACCUUGUUUUUACAAUCUUUUAUUUCAUCAUUAAUCUUUACUACAAGGUUCCACUUUAUGAACAGCCAUCGUAAGCUCAUCAUAUCCUCUUCAUUUUACAGGUCAUACACUGUCUUGCGCAACUCAUUGCAUUCUGUUAACAGCGGUUGUUUUAGCACAUGUACAUCUAACUUGGGAGGUCUGUGGAACUAAAAAAAGUCAUGCAUUUUUAUGUUAUUUUGUUAACAGGGAUUGCUUUGGUACAUGUACAUCUAACUUGGAAUGUAUGUAGUACUAAAUCAGUCAUUAUGCAUUUUCAUGUGUGAAUAUUCUGUUUUACAAUUGGUUGGUCAUCAUUUUGUUGCAUGUAAACAAUGUUUUUUUUAAAGACAUCAUAAAAACAUACAACAUGUACUGAGGUCAUUUUUCAUGCAAUAUUCCUUUGUAAAUGUGAGUAAUUUUGAAUUUCAAUGCAUGUCGCUGGUCUGGUGAUUCUUCAUUGCCAUUUCAAAUUGAGAGAAAUCCUGUUUAUUUGAGUCUGGCUUCCAAAAACGACAUUGUUUCAUUAGACAAGAACCAGAAAAGCAUUCAAGACACAUAGUAGUAGGUUUUCAUGGGGAAUUCGACACCAUUCGGGUGUUCACCUAAUAACAGGUGUUGUCAGUCACCAAGAAUGGACUUCACUUUUAUGACAGACUGGUCUUGUGUAAUGUACUGUGUCAUAGCCUACACCUUAGACAACAUGCACAUUUUUUGUGACUCCUUUAUACAUUAUUCUGAGAAUAAGAAAUGUAAUGUGCAUUGGCGCUCUUUUAUUGUGGCACUAAUGUAUGUCACCCAUCAUUGAGCCGAGAUUGGUUAGGACCAAGGGCUCGUUCAUAUGAUGUUGUAAUCCACCAUAAAAAUGAAGAAAAAAUAAGUGCUGCAGGUUUUUUUAAAUGUGUAGAUGAACUUGCAACAAACAAAAGUACUACUUGUAUCCACUUAGCUAGUGUUAUAAGAUACAGAAGUUUGCAGCAUAUUACUCUUUACAUCAUCACAAAGAACCUGCCAUGCUCUUUUCCUUUGAUCAUUUAUUAUUCAAACUGGAAAACGGCUUUAGAAUUUCCUAAUAUUCAUCGUGGAAGAUCACUCAAAUAAAGAUUAAUUAAAAAUUAAUUUAUCAUUUAACUUGGUCCCUUGAAACUUUAGACUGCUAAUUAUCUGUAUCGAAAUAGCAACAUGUGUUAUUUAUGUUGACAACAUCGUGUAUCCGUGAAACCAAUAGAGAAUCGCCUCUUCAGCUUGAUAUGUAGAAUUUCAGUUUAGAGGUUGAAAACAAACGCAUGCUUAGAAGGAGAGAUGUAUCAAACAAGUCUUUAGUUGUAUUGUACAAAUGUAUAGUAAGAAAUAGUUUGGGGGAUUCCCCAAGCUUGUUAAUUAUAUCAUCAUCCGAUUACUGCUGCAGACUCUGUAUUCCCUCAGUGCAAGGGAUUACAGGAGAGAUCUGCAUUUUAACAUAACAAAGCUAGAAAAUGAGAAUUUUAUCUUUUAGAUAUCGGUAGUGUAGAAAUAGUAGGAAGGAUGAUAUAGUAAGCUAGAGAGAGAUGUUGGGUUGUGUAUGCAUUCUAUAUAUUUGUAGACACAUGUUGAUUUUGGUGAUGAACAUAUAAAUUGAAAUGUUAUAGAGUGUGUAUAAAUAUAAAAAAGAAUGAUUUCUACAUUAAUAUCAUA